AUGCAGAAAGGUGCAGGAACAAGCCCGGAGAAGCGCACGUGCUCGGAAGCUUCUGCUUUCGGGCCUUUUGGGUCGCAGAUGUCGAAAGUUGCCAUAUUCUCUGGCAUGGUCUACACGGUAGCCUGGAAAGCGGGAGCCUUCUUGCCGAGGCUCACACAAAAAGAUUCCACCGAACUCACAGGCCCGGCUUGCACGCGGGCAAGAAGCCCACGGAGCUGCCAGCAGCCCGAUCACUCCGAUCAGUGGCGCAUCGAGGCAGUGCCAAGGCUUUGUUUGGUGGCGCUUGGCCAUCGCCAUUUCGAAGCUCUGUAG